AUGGAACAAGACCCUUUUCUUAUCGUAAAAAGUCAAGUGGAAGACACUCUUGUGAAUGCUAGCAAUCUAUUUGAGUCUUGGAAAAGAAUUCAACAAACAGUUUCUUCACCUAAAAACCAAGAAUUAUUAUGGACAGCUGACGAACUCAACUCAACACUAGAAGCCAUUGAACAGGAUAUCGAAGAUUUAGAAGAAGCUCUACUGGCUUCUCAAGAGAAUCCACAGCAGUUUAAUUUAACUACAAAGGACUUGAAUACUCGAAAAAAGUUCUUAACACAUAUAAAACAGAUGAUGAUGAGAGAGCAAGAUCAGCAUUUGGAAGCUAUGGGCGGUACUUUGGUCAAUUUAAAAGAAAUUGCAGGUACAAUGAACCGAGAAGUGGAUGAUCAAGUCAUAUUAUUGGAUGAAUUAGGAAAUGAGGUAGAUCGCUCAGAGGGAAAAUUAAAAAGUGCAAUGCGUAGAGUAACAAAGAUACUAAAAGAAGAAGAAGGUAUGAAUUAA